GUGUCCGGACCCGCCUCCGACCCGAUUGUCACCGAGCCCGACCCGAAGUUCGACGAGCCGGACUCCAAGCUCCAGCCGCCGAGUGUGAUUAGCUGGGGGUUACUCUGGAGCCUUCUCCUGAAGCACAAGCUCAGACUGGCAAUUUCCACUUUUGCCCUCGUCGGCUGCAGCGCCUGCACUCUUUCAAUGCCGAUAUUUUCAGGACGGUUUUUCGAAGUUCUGAUAGGGAAGAGAACAGAGGCAUUGUGGACAUUGCUGAGUAAAGUCGGAGUUUUGUAUGCGUUGGAGCCGAUUUUAACUGUUGUUUUCGUUGUCAAUAUGAAUACUGUAUGGGAAAAGGUCAUGUCCACGCUUAGAGCUCAAAUUUUCGGCAGGGUUUUGAUUCAGAAGGUCGAGUUUUUUGAUCGUUACAAGGUUGGUGAACUGACGGGAUUGUUAACAUCUGAUUUGGGUUCUCUGAAAAAUGUUGUGAGUGAAAACAUUUCAAGGGACCGCGGAUUCAGGGCACUUACUGAGGUUACUGGGACAAUGUGCAUACUCUUUGUUUUGGCUCCCCAACUUGCACCGAUCCUUGGGGUUCUGAUGCUCACCGUUUCUGUUUUAGUUGCUUUGUACAAGAGAUCAACUGUACCUGUUUUCAAGGCGCAUGGAAUGGCUCAAGCAUUCAUAGCUGAUUGUGUGACAGAAACUUUUUCUGCAAUACGUACUGUAAGAUCCUUUGGUGGGGAAAAGCGCCAAAUGCUAAUGUUUGGUAAACAGGUGCUAGCUUACCAGAGCAGUGGAAUAAAGCUUGGGGUUUUCAAAUCCAUAAAUGAAUCGUUGACUAGAGUUGUUGUGUAUAUAUCUCUUUUGGCCUUAUAUGCUCUUGGAGGAAGCAAAGUGAAGGCGGGUGAACUCUCUGUUGGAACUGUGGCUUCUUUUAUUGGUUAUACUUUCACAUUAACAUUCGCGGUUCAAGGCCUGGUUAAUACAUUUGGAGAUCUUCGUGGAACUUUUGCUGCAGUGGAGAGGAUUAACUCUGUUUUAUCAGGGGUAGAAAUCGAUGAAGCCCUUGCUUAUGGCUUAGAAAAGGAAAUGCAACAAAAUAAAUUACUUGAUGAAAAUUACAGAUUGUUCCUCAUCGAUGGUUCCUAUGAGAAAAAUCAGUCUGUAAAUACGCAUUACAUGUCAGCUCUGAAAUCAGCUAGCAAUGUUGGACGCUUAGCUUGGUCUGGCGAUGUUUGUCUUGAAGAUGUGCAUUUCUCUUAUCCUUUGAGACCUGAUGUAGAAAUUCUGAAUGGUCUAAAUCUAACGCUAAAGUGUGGAACUGUAACUGCUCUAGUUGGUUCCAGCGGUGCUGGAAAAAGUACUGUUGUACAGCUAUUGGCACGUUUCUAUGAGCCAACUACAGGUCGUAUAACAGUUGGAGGAGAGGAUGUCCGGACAUUUGACAAGAGUGAAUGGGCACGAGUCGUGUCAAUAGUGAAUCAGGAACCCGUUCUUUUCUCGGUAUCAGUUGGUGAAAAUAUUGCAUAUGGGCUUCCAGAUGAUCAUGUAUCCAAGGAUGAUGUGAUAAAGGCUGCAAAAGCUGCAAAUGCUCAUGAAUUCAUAAUUUCACUUCCACAGGGUUAUGAUACACUAGUUGGUGAACGUGGAGGGCUACUUAGUGGUGGCCAGAGACAGAGAAUUGCUAUUGCAAGAGCACUGCUUAAGAAUUCCCCAAUCCUUAUACUUGAUGAGGCCACCAGUGCAUUGGAUGCAGUUAGUGAGCGCCUAGUCCAAGAUGCGUUGAAUCAUCUAAUGAAACGGCGGACAACGUUGGUGAUUGCUCACCGGUUAAGCACAGUCCAAAAUGCCCAUCAAAUUGCAUUGUGCUCCGAGGGUAAGAUAACUGAGCUUGGGACACACUCUGAACUAUUGGCCAAGAAAGGUCAAUAUGCUUCAUUGGUUGGCACUCAAAGACUUGCAUUUGAGUGAUACGACGUUGAAAAGGGAAUUACUGUAAAUUGUUUUCAUGAGCAGUUUUCUUACCCUGUAUGAAGCAGUCAAACUCAGCUACAUGUUAAUGUACAGU